UUAUAGUUAUUAUCUUAAAUGAAUAAACGUAAAAAAAUAUUGAUAAAGAAAAUCUAGCGAUUUGAAUUACGAUCAUGAUCAUAAUAAUUUAAUAAAAAUAAUUUUAAAAUAUAUAUAAUAAAAAAUACCAAGUAUAUGUGAUGAUUAGAAGUAAUAAAUUAACUUACAGCAUGAAAACUAUCAAAUUGUUAUAUUUAAAAUAAUUAUAUAUAAAUAUUUAAAUAUAUAAGUAACUUAAAAAUAUAUUCUAAUUAUGUAAAAUAUAUAUUAACAUGAAAAUUAGUACCCGCACGGUUGUGCGGGUCCAAAUCUAGUGUGCCAUUAAAACGGUCAGUUUUGAUUUUUGCGUCCACUUAUCAGGCCCCACCCGACCCGCUCCUCAAACUCUUUCACACUUGACUUAACGAACCCUCAUACGACGCCGUAUACGGUUCCUUCCUGAUGAUAACCGUUGUUACAGCAAAAUUACAAAUAUACCCUCGUCUUCUUCAUCAUAUCAAUUCGAAUCCAUUUUCCCACCACACUACCUCUCUCUCUCUCUAAUGGCUUCUUCAAGAAAGCUUCUUGCUCUCUUCUUCUUCUUUAUCUCAAUAGCCAAACCAAUCUUUGUCUCCUCCGAUAACGUAAACUUCACAUUCAAAUCCUUCACCAUCCGAAACCUCACGUUCCUCGGCGACUCCCACCUCCGAAACGGCGUCGUGGGACUAACACGCGAGCUAGGCGUACCCGACACGAGCUCUGGAACCGUAAUCUACAACACACCAAUCCGUUUCUACGAUCCAGUCUCAAACACCACGGCGUCUUUCUCCACACACUUCUCCUUCUCCGUCCAAAACGUGAACCCAGACUCCUCCGGCGACGGGCUCUCCUUCUUCCUCUCCCACGACAACGACACCUUAGGAAGCCCCGGCGAGUUCUUGGGCCUCGUGAACUCCUCCCAGCCCAUGAAGAACCGCUUCGUCGCGAUCGAAUUCGACACCAAACUCGAUCCCAACUUCAACGACCCGAGCGGGAACCACGUCGGGCUAGACGUCGAUAGCUUGAACUCGAUCGCCACGUCGGAUCCGUCGAUCGAUCUCAAAUCCGGAAAAUCGAUUACGUCUUGGAUCGAUUACAAGAACGAUAUGCGAUUAUUAAACGUUUUCUUGAGCUACACUGAUCCUAUAGCUACAACGAAGAAGCCAGAGAAGCCUAUUUUAUCUGUAAACAUCGAUCUUGCUCCGUUCUUGAACGGAGAGAUGUACGUAGGGUUCUCCGGUUCGACGGAAGGAAGCACUGAGAUUCAUCUCAUCGAGAAUUGGAGCUUCAAGACGUCUGGUUUUGUUCCGGUUAGAUCGAAAUCUAACCGUCCUCACAACGUUUCAGGUAGCUCUGUGGCUCCUGUGGCUAUACCUAAGGGUGGAGGAAGACGUCAACGACACGGUCUCGCGAUUGGGCUUGGGAUCUCUUGUCCUGUCUUCUUCUGUUUAGCGCUCUUGGUGUUUGGUUACUUCACGUUGAAGAAGUUGAAAGGAGUUAAAGCGGAGAAGGAGCUCAAGACGGAGCUUAUCACAGGCCUUAGAGAGUUUAGCUACAGAGAGCUUUACGCAGCCACGAAAGGGUUUCACUCGAGUCGUGUCAUUGGGAGAGGAGCGUUUGGGAAUGUGUACAGAGCUAUGUUUGUUUCGUCGGGAACUAUCUCUGCUGUGAAGAGAUCGAGGCAUAACUCGACGGAAGGGAGGACGGAGUUUUUAGCUGAGCUUUCGAUUAUUGCUUGCUUGCGGCACAAGAAUCUUGUUCAGUUGCAGGGUUGGUGUAACGAGAAGGGAGAGUUGCUUCUUGUUUACGAGUUCAUGCCUAACGGGAGUCUUGAUAAGAUUCUGUAUCAGGAGUCGGAGACUGGAGCUGUGUCUCUUGACUGGUCGCAUAGGUUGAACAUAGCGAUUGGUUUGGCUUCGGCUUUGUCUUAUCUUCACCAUGAGUGUGAGCAGCAAGUGGUUCACAGAGAUAUAAAGGCAAGCAACAUAAUGCUUGACAUCAACUUCAACGCGAGGCUUGGGGACUUUGGUCUCGCUAGGCUUACUGAGCACGAUAAAAGCCCUAUCUCGACGUUGACAGCUGGUACGAUGGGGUAUCUCGCACCGGAGUAUCUCCAGUACGGGACUGCGACUGAGAUGACUGAUGCGUUUAGCUACGGAGUGGUGAUUCUUGAGAUUGCUUGCGGGAGAAGGCCGAUAGAUAAAGAGCCUGAGAAUCAAAAGACUGUGAACUUGGUGGAUUGGGUUUGGAGAUUGCACAGUGAAGGAAGAGUGCUUGAUGCUGUGGAUGAGAGGUUGAGAGGCGAGUUCGAUGAGGAGAUGAUGAAGAAGCUGUUGCUGGUUGGGCUUAAGUGUGCUCAUCCGGAUAGUAAUGAGCGACCUUCGAUGAGACGUGUGCUACAGAUACUGAACAAUGAGGUUGAGCCUAGUCCGGUUCCGAAGAUGAAACCAACGCUAUCUUUCUCUAUUGGGUUGAUAAGUCUUGAUGAUAUUGUUUCCAAAGAUGAUGGAGACAGCAUCGUGUAGAAGUUCUUUUUAAUUUCUUUCGUUUGAUUUUUGUAACAAAUGUGUGGCCUUUGGUUCAAUGAGUUUAUAUUGAACGAUUAGGUUUUUGUAUUCAUAUAAACUCCAUCUCAGAAUCCAGUUCAAAAAGCUCGUUUAUUCUUACAGAGUACUCAAGAGCCAAGUAAAAAAAAAAAAAUAUUAGUAUCAGGGUAUUUGAAAUGGUUGAGUACAGAAGAAUAAACAUGACAAACCUUAGUUCUAAGUUGAUGAAGAAGAGUGUGAAGUAGUUGUAGACAUAUAUAGGUCUUGGUGGUCAGCAUGUCUGUAGCCUGAUGAAAGAAAAAUAAACCGGUCUGGUUUGCAUAUCCCUGACGGAAAGAGAAGCUGUGCCUGUGAGUGAAGAAAACACCAAGUAACUUACCCUCUUUGAUACUGAAGAAACCUUGUUGAAGAAAGUCAUGUAUACACACCACUAACGCUCACACGAUCACAUAACAUCAGAAUGAUGAUGGUGACAGAAGUAAAGAGAGCACACUCCCGACAAGGGCAAAACUUUAUAUUUGCUAAUCCCGGCUUGUGCUCUCUUUCUUCUGUCAACAUUUUCUCAUCUUUCUUCUCAAGGAGGAAGAAGAAAGAAAGUGUGACGUGCUGCGUAAGUAAGGAGUGACGGUGAGUCUAUGUCUAUGAGCUACGAGUCUAUGACUCUGAUUUAUAGUGGGGGAGAGAGGUUAUUGGUUGUAACUUACAACCAGUGAUAAAAGACGGAGACAGGCUAUAGUGGGUCCAUGAGAAAAGGAAGCUGAAAAUGGCUCUGAGAUUACUUGCAGUAAUGAAACUGGAAGUUUCUACAGAAUUAGAGAUUCUCCUACCGCGUUCGCUUUCACAUUAAUUAUUUUAUGUUUCUUUUACGACUGAUCUGAUAUUCAACUUUUACAGUUUUCAUUUUUAUAGAUGUUUGAGAGUUUUAUUAGGAUACAACAAAUUACCCAUAUCUCCAAUUUCCCAUUUCUAAUCAUAAGACUCGUCAUGAUAUAUCACAUGAAGAAAAAAAAUACAAUGUUAUUAAUCCGACUUUGUUUGUUUGUUUGCAAGGUUACAUGAUAUAAUGUGCAAUUUAAUUUUAAUUAUUUGUUGCAAUGUUUAAGGAAAGGAAACUCCUUAGAGGAUGAUAAAGAAAUGCAUAGUGUAAUGUGUUACUCGUGAACAAGCGAGGCGUGAGACUCGGAAGUUGCUUUCACCUAAUUGAACAAGCCAACAC